UCCGUAUGGACAGUAGGGAGACACAGGGCUCCUUGCUGCAUCUUCCCCCUGCCGUCAACCUCCAGACUCGGGUGACAGCAGUUUAACCGGAGGCUAGCCUCAUCGCGCACCUAGGACUAUGACCAACUGCCUCCACCCCCUCCCUCCACUUCACACCUCCUCCAUUCUCCCCAGCCCUUUACUCACCCCCCCCACCCCCACCCCACCCCCGUGACGCGUCUCCACUCGACUCACCACGUCAGGCAGGCAGCAGGCUGUGAGAGGCAGCCUCAGUUGCAGGAGCAGGGUUUCCCCGUGAGGAGCAGCGAGAGGAGCAGAGAGAGGAGCAGAGAGAGGAGCAGGAGGAGUAGAGGUGUUGUGUGAUGAUGGAGGCGGCCAGCUUUGACACCGAGGAGAGCUUUGACGUUGACGAUGCCUCCUGUCUCUCCCAGCAGAACCCGGGGAACAAUUCACCAGCUAAGAGGCAGAACAAGGAGAUCAAGGAGACCAAGAUAACAAUCAACUGUGUCACCUUCCCGCUGCCUAGUGUGAUGCCAGAUCAGCCAGAACAGCAGCUACUGAAGCCCAAUGAGUGGAGCUACUGUGACUACUUCUGGACUGACAAGAAGGACCCCCAAGGGACCCCCUCUGUGGGCGGCUUUGAGGUGCUGCUGCAGAAACAGCUCAAGGGCAAACAGAUGCAGAAAGAGAUGGCUGAGUUCGUCCGGGAGAGGAUAAAGAUUGAAGAUGAAUACUCUAAGAACCUCUCCAAGCUCUCCCAGAGCCCCUUGGCUGCUCAGGAGGAAGGAACCCUUGGGGAAGCUUGGGCCCGGCUAAAGAGGAGUUGUCAUGACGAGGCUGAAGUCCACCUCAAGUUCUCCAAUAAGCUCCAGUGUGAGGUGGAGAAGCCCCUGCUGACUUUCAGAGACAACUUCAAGAAGGAGUUGAAGAAGUACGAUCACCACAUCAUAGACCUCAGGAAGCAGCUGGCCAGCCGCUAUGCAGGUGUGGAGAAGGCCCGUAAAGCCCUGGCAGACCGGCAGAAAGAUCUGGAAGUGAAGACCCAGCAGCUGGACAUCAAGCACAUGAACAAACACGAGGAGGACAUCAAGAAGGCCCGGCGGAAAUCCACACAAGCAGGUGAUGACCUCAUGCACAAUGUGGACCUGUACAACCGGGCCCAGUCCAAGUGGUUUGAGGAGAUGGUCACCACAAGCCUGGAGCUGGAGAGACUUGAGGUUGAGAGGGUGGAGAUGAUACGACAGGAUUUACGCCAGUUCACAACGCUGCGACAUGAAACUGACAUGUUCAACCAAAGUACGGUGGAGCCAGUGGAUCAGCUGCUUCAGAGUGUGGACCCAGCCAAAGACCGAGAGCUGUGGGUGCAGGAGCACAAGACCGGGGAUCUCCGCCCUGUGGACAUGGACAUAUAGUUAACUACACUGACGUACCUCAAGAAGCCAGAGGCAACCCCUCCACCUCCAUACUGUCAAAAUCCCAGGCCUCUCACAGAACAUUCCAACUACAGCUACAGGUGCAGGUGCAUGUAUGUUCAGGAUAAGGUGAGGCCUGUACAUUCUGUCUAUGAUGACAUCAGAAUAGCACAAUGUUAUCUCAGUGAUAACUGGAGAAAAGUUAGCAUUCCCAAUGCAGUGCUUUUGAACCUACAAUGGAAAAACAAGAGAUCAAUAGUCCAAAUACCAGCAUGUUACAGUAAUACAAUGUUUGAUAGUUUUAUUCUGUACAAUGAAUGCCACUAAACAAGCUUAAACAAUUAUUUUGGGUUUUAUCUGUUGUAAAAUUAAAAGUUUCCACUAUUAAGAAUGAUACAUUUUUAUGUAUUUGAGGAAUAGAUUGGAUGCAUUGUAAAACCUUAUAAUUUUGGCAUAUAAACUGAACAACUAAUUAUUAACAUUUCACUUUAUUUUAGAUACUGGAAUAUGAAACAUUAUGUGAUAUCCUAGAUUAAUUAUGAUAUAUUUUCAUAUUUACAUUUUACCUGUCAAGAUAUGCAUGUUUUGGGAAAAUAUCUUACAUUUACUGUAUAUGGUUAAGUGCAUAUUUGUGAAAUAUGAUGGCUGUAUUGGCACUGUAGUACAAUGUAUAUGGGAUGUGUUUACAGAAAGUAUAUACCCCAAGUUACUGCACUCAAUGAACAAGAGUGAAUCAACUCAUUAAGGUUUGUCAUGAACAUGCAUUUAUGUACAACAACCUCUCUCUAAGUUGAAUAGGGUAAGAUGUUUAGGAUUGUGAAACAGCAUGUUAGUCACACGUCACCUCGUGUGGCAGAUUGGAACAUAGGCCUGAGUCUAUUUUGGAUCUGUGGUGAGACAAUGAUGGCGACGAUCCAUGUUACAAUGAACACCUUUUAGUGCCUCAAGGUUAUAAACAGUACCUGGAAUGUUGUUGAUAUAUUCUAUUCUGCAUCAGUGUAUAUUUGUAGAUACAAGCUAGAUGUAUUGUGCUGUUACCUGUUUAAGUGACCUUUGCACUUUGGGUUCAACUAAAUGUUUGUACCUUGUUGUUUGUCAAUGAAUUAGAACAGGAUAAUAGUCAACAGAUUCGAAAGUCAUUCAUUUUGCACGGCACUUUGUGAGUCAACCAUUGCUUAGAGUUGGGAAUUGCUAUUUUGCAUUUAUCCUAAAUACAGUCCACUUUGUAUAUCCAAGAGGAGUCCUCACUUGGAAGCUCCAAGUCACAUUUUAAUGACUCGCAAAAGCUCAUCAGAAAAAGUGGUCAGUGUUACUUGCACUGGAACCUGUGCUUGUCCAUACAUUUCAUAUAGUAUGCUAUUAACAGAUAAUAGCAUAGCCUUUAGCCAACAUAUCCACCUUAAAAAGCGUAUAUAAAAUACUGCAUGUUUGUCUGUCUGUCUGUCUGUCUGUCUGUCUGUCAGUCUGUAUUUUGCCGUUAGUUAUUCUGGAAGUGUAACAAAGCAGGGACUUACUGUGUUUAUGGACCAUCUCCUCAGACUAUCAAUCCUUUCAUAUUCUAAUGUGGAUAAUACAUUCACUAUUCCAAGACAUGCAAACAGAGAACACAUCUAUUCAGUAUAUAGACAACGUCUAUUCAGUAUAUACAUGCCUUAUCCACAUUGUUUCUAGGUGAGAAAAUAUGAAAAUACCACUGAAAUGAUUUGCAUUAUUUUAUCCCAAACUAAUCCAGAUUGAAAUGUUGUACUUAUUGUAUAAGUUAUCAGUAUGUGAUAGUAUGUGUUGACAGUAUGUGUCAAUGUUAUAUGUGUUAUGGUAAAGUUCUUACAUUAGAAGUUCAUGUACUUAACUUAACCACUCAUUUUGUAGUAAUGUUGAUUUAAUUGCCUUUUGUUAACUGAUUUCCAUUUCUCAUGUACAUCAAUUCAAAUGUUUCCAAUCUUUAAAGAAAUGUCAAAUCAUUGGUGACCUUUGUCCGAGCAAUAUACUGUAGAAUGCUGUGUCUAAAUUAAAUCGUUUCCCUGGAAAUACGAUUUGACAAGA